AUGCGUGACGGGGUGACUAACCGUGGCGGGCUGGCAGGCGAGGGCGGGGGCGCCACGGCCGCGCGCACGCCAGUCAAGACCUUCCAGGCGUAUUUGCCGCCAGCGCACCGCACCUACAGCUGUAUACAUUGCCGCGCGCACUUGGCCAGCCAUGACGAGCUUAUAUCGAAGUCGUUCCAAGGCAGCCAAGGGCGCGCGUACCUCUUCAAUUCCGUUGUGAAUGUGGGCUGCGGCCCGGCAGAAGAGCGUGUUCUUCUGACAGGGCUGCACGCCGUCGCCGACAUAUACUGCGAGUGCUGCAAAACCAUGCUCGGGUGGAAAUAUGAGCACGCGUUCGAGUCGAGUCAGAAAUACAAAGAGGGCAAGUUCAUAAUAGAACUGGCUCACAUGGUGAAGGAGAACGGGUGGGACUAG